AUCUGGGGAAAAAAACACCCUUCAAAAAAAAUCUGAAAAAAAAACCCGGCUGGACGCAUACGAAGCGACCCUCCGGGGCGGCGGCGGCGGCUGCCUUGCCGGAUUGUGAUCCCUCCCGACUCCUGAAGCAAGCGCGCUGAUGCCAGCUCUUCCCACUCUCCCCUUCCCCCGCCGCCUAUCCGACGCCCGACGGCGCGGCCGCCUGUACCUUUUCCUCAUCGUCCUUGUCGCCGUCUCCGCCGCCGCAGCCCUCGCCUACCUCUCCUUCCCCUCCGCCGCGCCGACACCGCCCCCGGCAGCGUCUUCCACUGUGCGGGCCGAUGCUGAUUGCUGCAGGGGUAUCCAGGGCCUCGAGCUCUGGGGUCCGGCGGUCAAGUGGGGCUCUAACCACCGCCUGCCCUCCGCCGCCGCCUGCUGCGCCUCCUGCAAGGCGAUGUGCCCCCACGCCGAGGACGGCGCCUGCCGCUGCAACUCGUGGGUCUUCUGCGGGGACGAACGCAGAUGCAAGGACAGGCUCGGGGAGUGCUGGCUGAAGAAACAAAAGGACGUGAUGGCUCCUGCUGUUAUUGCAAGGGGGGAGGACGUCAUGUGGACUUCUGGUCUCGUCUUUGGAAAAGGAGAGGGAAUUGUGGGGCUUGAAACAAAUUUUGGGACACUUCAUAUUCAAUUGCUGCCUGGUUGCGCACCGCGUUCUGUGGACUACUUCAUCGAGCUCUUGGGCUUGCACAGUUGUGCUGGGUGCAGAUUUUAUCGCGCGGAAGGCCGAGAGAAUGUCUGGGAUGCAGAAGGCAAUCAUAAAAAAAAUGCUGCAUUUGGUCCCCCGUAUGCAUUGCUUCAAGGGACACUGGAGGUUGAUGGUCUGCCUUUCAAGGACAUAGCAAGAGAAGCAUGCCCGGCGGUGAAAAGAGGGUCCAUGGCCUGGGUUGGAUCAGGGCCGGAGUUCCUGAUCAGCUUAGCAAACCACGAGGAGUGGAAGGACGCCUACACUGUGUUUGGCCACGUGCUGCCCGAGGACAUGGCGAUUGCCGAGGAGAUGGCACUGCUGCCAGCGAGCACGGACGUGUGGAGCAAUGUAACGGUGAAGGUGCUGAGAGAUCCUGUCUACCUCAAGGUGAAGAGGAGCAGCCAUGCUAGUUCUGUCUAGGUGAGAGGCAUAUUUCCUCCAUCAGGUGUUGGGGUAGAUAGAUGUGUUGCCAAAAGCUAAAGCAGAUGAUCACUUUAUUACUGUGCAUGCGAAGAAAGAAAGAAAUGAUUCUACACAAGGAAGAGAAAGCAGACUAUACAUUAGUACUGUAGAAGGAAUCCGUUUUUUUAAAAAGAAAAAACAAAGCAGUGAGCAUACUACUGUA